AUGGAAGAUUGCAGGCCAUUGGGUUUCUUGCUGGGACUGCCUUUUGCACUGGUGGCAUUGAUUUUGUCUGUUGUAGGUGCAGUUGUCUGGAUUUUUGGGUCUCUGCUGAGUUGCCUGUGCCCAUGUUGCAUCUGCUGUACUGCACUUGCUAAUGUGGCAGUGGGUCAUGUAAAGCUUCCUUUGAAGAUACUUCGAUGGUUCAUUUAUCAAAUCCCUUGUUAGCAGACUUAUUCACUAUGUGCGGGCUUGCUUACAUUCUCCCGAUACUGAUGAUCUAUGGUUGAUUUACCAUUUCUUAAUUUUUACAAUCUAUGGACGUAAGU